AAGUUAUGUCUCUUUAUUCGAAAGCUUGUGGAAGGUGUUUUUUUCUACCGUAUGUGAAGAAGCAUUUGACUUCAAAUUGUACCUCCAAUCUAAACCAAACAUCGAACUAUGCUAGCUACUCUGUGCCUCAAUCAGCCCAAGUCAUUGUUUGUGGUGCCGGAGCUGUUGGAAAUUCAGUUGCAUAUCACAUGAAUAAAAAUGAUUGGAAGGAUGUUAUAGUACUUGAGCAAAGCAAGAUUGGAAGUGGUGUUUCCUGGAGAAGUUGUGGCAUAGUUGGUCACUUUCAUUCUACUUCUGAAGGAAGGAUCACUGCAUAUAGCUCUCAGUUAUAUAAGCAGCUUUCAAAUGAAGGCCAUGAUGUGGGAUAUGUAGAAACUGGUUCUAUAAAUGUCGCAAGAACGAAAGAAAGAAUGAUUGAGUUGCGAAGACUAGCUUCUGAAGCAAGUGUCCAUAAUUUGAAGUUCGAAGUUCUAGAUCCAAAGGAUAUUUUGAAGUAUCAUCCUUUUGUGAAGCCUGAUGGUCUUGAAGGAGGUAUUUGGGUGCCUAGUGAUGGUGUUGUGAAUCCAUUGAGUGUGUGCCAUGCCCUUGCUAAAGUGGCCCAAGAUGGAGGUGUUAAGUACUAUGAAGGAAUAAAAGUUCUGGAAAUUCUCACCAAUGGAACAAAAGUGACUGGUGUUAAAACAAACUUCGGAGUUAUCAACUGUGAACAUUUGAUUCUGUGUGCAGGAAUGUGGACUAGAACUUUAGCUAUAAAUUGCAUUCCUCCUUGCAAUAUUCCAAUACAAGCUGCUGAAAAUGCAUAUGCCAUAACAAGACCUGUUCCUGGGUUAACAUCUACAACCCCUAUUCUGAGGGAUUAUGAUGCUGGAGUUUAUGUACGAGAAUUCAAUUCUGGAUUCAUGAUUGGUGGAUUCCCCAAGCAAGCUAGGCCUUUGUUUUGUGAAAAAGUUCCUGAAGAGUUUUCUUUUCAAGACUUAUCUUCUGACUGGGAGUAUUUUAAACCUGUCUAUGAAGAAGCUUGCUUUCGUGUGCCUAUUCUCAAUCAAGUUGAUAUACAAAAAUAUACUAGUGGACCAGAUACAUUUACUCCAGAUGGACACUGGAUUUUAGGAGAAACCGCAGAGAUUGACAAUUUAUAUGUCGUUGUUGGUAUGAAUGUGAAUGCUGUGCAACCAGCUGGUGGUUUAGGGAAAGAACUUGCAGAUUGGAUCACUACUGGAGAACCCAAAGCUUACCUUUUGCCAUUUGACGUAAGGAGAUUUGUUGAUGCCCACAACAAUAAGAAAUUUCUGGAGGAGAGAGUGAAAGAAGCAGUUGGGUUCAAUUACUCCAUUCGACAUCCUCUCCUGAUCGAGUUCAGUAAGGCUCGAAAAGCCCGUUGCUCUCCUUUGUAUACUGUACAAGAAAAAGCAGGAGCUGUGUUUGGAGAAAGGAUGGGAUUUGAAAGGGUUCUUUACUUUGAUCCUUCUUUAUCUAAGGAAGAGCGAUUAAAACCACCUGCAAUAGUUUUUGAAAAGCCAUCAUGGUUUGAAAAUGUUAAAGAAGAAUAUACCGCUUGCAGAGAGAGAGUUGGAAUAAUAGAUAUGUCUUCUUUUACCAAAUUUCAUCUCAAGUCUGGAGGCAGAGAAGUUGUUGAUUUGCUGCAACUCUUAUGCUCUAAUGACAUUGAUGUCCCUGUUGGAAAUAUUGUUUCAUCUGGAAUGCAAAAUGACAAAGGCUGCUACGAAAAUGAUUGUCUUCUUCUACGAAGGGCUCAUAAUUGCUAUUUCAUGAUGUCUCCAACUGCUCAACAAACUCGUAUCACCGAAUGGAUGAAACGCCAUUUGCCCAAAGAUGGCUCCAUUUCCUUGAGAGAUGUCACAUCUAUGUACACAGUUUUAAACAUUGUAGGACCAAAGUCAAAAGAAUUGAUGUGCGAAUUGACCAGAACUGAAAUGGAUUUACCGGGAUUUACAUGCAAGAAAAUAAAUGUUGGAUAUGCUGGGGAAGUUUUAGUAAUGGCAUUUAACAACACAGGAGAACCAGGAUAUUCCCUUUAUAUACCAUCUGAGUAUGCUUUACAUGUUUAUAACAAUUUGCUUACUGCUGGGAGAGAUUAUGGCAUCAGAAAUGUUGGAUAUUAUGCUCUACGCUUCUUGAGAAUUGAGAAAUUUAUACCUUUCUGGGCUGAAGAAUUGGAUAGCCAUACUACGCCCUUUGAAGUUGGACGAGGCUUUAAAGUAAAAAUGCAGAAAGAAUAUUUUCUUGGCAAGCUUGCUCUUCAAAAGCAACUGGAACAAGGACUGAGACGACGCCUCAUUCAUUUCCAACUAGAAAACCACAAUCCUGAGAGUGACAUAUGGACUUGGGGUCGUGAACCUAUUUAUCGAAAUGGGCAUUAUGUGGGCAAAACAACAUCGUCAGGAUUUGGUUUCACUUUGAAUUGUGUUGUUUGUUUAGGUUUUGUACACAAUUAUGAUCAAAAAACUGGAGAACCACUUGUUGUCACCUCAGAUUACAUUACAAAUGAUGCAAAUUUUGAAAUUGAUAUUGCUGGAAAACGCUAUCCUGCUAAAGCAAGUUUGCAUGCUCCUCAAAUACCAAUUGUGAGCAUGAAUGGCACCAGCAACAGGUAUACUCCUAAAGCUAGAAUGGCAACAACGUCUCCACAAUCUCCUGUAAAGACUUAAUUUGAUUUCAUCUUGUAUAUAUUGUUUGUUUGAGUUAUUGUUAAGUUUAGUUUUGAAUAAAUUUAUGAAAAUGAAAUGUACAGUUAAACUCUCUUAAUACAAUCACGUUUAAUAUAUCACGGCUAUAAAAAGAACAUUUUAUUCGUUAAGUUCGGUUCUCUAUCUAAUUACAUUAAUAAUUUCACGUAUAAUACGUACAUUAAAUUGAAAAUCUCAGCUAAGACAAACAAAAAUUUCUGACCUCUUUCCUUAAGAUGUUCGCGGUUGAAUACUGUAAUUUUCUUCGUUAGAAAUUAUUCAUCAUUUUGUUAGGUAGAAAACCCCAUUGUGUAUCGAGAAGAAAAUAUUAAAUAUUUUGCAUAGAGAAUAAAGCCCGUACAUUUGCUUACCUUUGGACAUAUUUCAAUUUACUCGAAGAUAAAACUUCAUUUUCCCUUGUGGAUUACAACCUAUUCCGAGAUUGUCGAUUAUCAGCUUCCUUUUCAAUAUUUUCCAAACACAUUCAUCUUUAAGAAAGAAGUGAUUUUUUAAAAAAAUGUAUAACAGUUAAACUACAAUGUGUGUAUUAGUAGUAAAAUUUUUAAUAUAUGUAAGCAUUUCUUCAUUUGUUUACUGUAUCAAUCAUUCACGGUUGUAACGAAUAACGAUUAAUACGAACAAUUUCAUGGAUUUUUGACAUUUCAUAUUAACAGAGUUCAACUGUAUUUAUAUUUGAAUUAGA